AUGACUGUGGGAACCAGUCCUGGGGAGAAAAGUGUUCCCACCAUGAACCAGACGGCCAUUGCUAGAGCAACAAACAAACAACACAAACCCCCUCCUGAGCCCUCUUCUAGCCUGGCGCCUCGGAACUCCCGCGCACGCCCACGCUGUCCUUGCCGUUUGUCACGUGGCAAACGUUCCUGUCGAGCUUUCCCUGCCUCCCAUAUUGCUUCAAUUCGGUGCAACCAACAUUUUCUGAAAGCGUUCUCUGUGCUGAGGCGGGGAGUAGUUCUCCAGGGCCACCCCGUCAAAGAACCAGGCAGCCUCAAAAGUCGGGAAGAGACCCUUCCUGAGGGGACAAAAUAUCCGGCAGACAACUCAAGAGUUCUUCAAAGGGCUUGGCCUCGGCGGUACCCACGAUCCCGUCCCGGAAGUUUCGGGCCCAGUCCCCACACCCCGUGGGCGCCGCACCAGCCGCGCGACUUGAGUCUGGAGGUCCAGGCGGCGGCUCCAAGGAAGUCACGCGUCGCCCGUUUCUUCCGAGGUUGUGCCUACCGGGCAGGCCUUUCCAGAAAAGAAGGGAAGGGCCGUCGAUUUUCAGAAUCUAAAUAUGUUGAAACUCAAAACGGCAUGGUUACCCUCCUCCCAGAACACGGAAAAGAGGGCAAUACCCGGGCUGGGGUGGCGAGGACGCUCAGCCCUUGUUCACCUCCGAGCCCUUAGAAAUAAGGCGAGGUUGCCCUUUUGCCCCAUCGCCGGCUGCCAAACCCACCCGCGAGGCCGGCUCACCCGGGGAGGUAGCGCGGCCGGGUUGCAGGAGACGACUCCCGGUGCGUCCCAGAGCGCGUGAACUAACAGGCAGCGUCGGGUCCGAAGUCGCCCACUGACGGAGCUGCGCGUUUGGGCGCAGAGCGGGCUUUCUAGAGGACCCGGGUGAGGGA